GGACUCAACGAGCAGUCUUCAAGUUCCAUCUUCACGAGACGCUUUUAAAACCCCAUAGAAUUGGAAUUAACUGUGUUGGAAGUCUUAAUUGGAUGCACGGAAGGAAGUACCAGGAUCGUCGUUUUAUUUUUAUCAUCAUCAGUAGAUUCUUCCUUUUGUCGUCAGCAUGGAUUCCUCUCCAGUCCUUCGUCAACAAAGCCAGAAGAAAAUCUGCACAGACAUUCUGAGAACAAAAAAUGAACAAAACAAAAUGGCAGGGGAAGCAAAGCCUUCCAAACUCAUGUCGGCGUCUCACCCUCCGAACCAAAAUAUUGAGAACCAUGAUCCAAGAAGUUCAGAAAAGAGCAGGAAGGCUCCUGUGCGACCAACUGUGAGCAGGCUUCCAGUGCUUGUAAAGUCACUUCAUCUUCAGACUCCUUCUGAAUUCACUCAGUCCCACCAUAGAUGGGAGGAGAAACCCCUCACUGGGAAAGCUAAAUCGAAAAAGCCAUGCACAAGGCCUGUACCUUUCAACCUGUCUCAGCCAAAGAACACCAGAGUAGCCUCAAAAAAUCAGCAGCCUCUUACUACUCUGCAAACAAGGACUAUCAACUCCGACAAAAAUGUUUGCAUUUCUCAUCUUAAAGCAAAAAGCAUCAAUUCCAAACAAUCGGCUCUGUUAAAAGACAAUGGGAAGUCCACCAAGGGUCCAGAAGGCAUUUCACAAAAGCCGGGACAGAUGGGACCUCAUAAGACCUCAGCUGUUUUGUUUAAACCUCCAUCCUCUGCUCCCACUAAUGUUCUGCAUCAGAAUAUCUCAGCACAAGCUGCCGUUAGUGCAGACACCUGUUCAGAUGACAUGAACCUCCUCAGCCUUAAUGAUGCAUCUAAGACCUCGAGUGCAAGUCAGCAUUUCCGAAGUAAUUCCGCAAAAAGUGUGACUGAUAAAGUCGAGACCUUCCAACUUGAUCCUGCAGCUUUGCUCAGUAUCCUCCGAAAUGAGGGAGUAAGCACCACUGGCCUCGUAUCUGCAAGUCCACAGUCCAAGCCGUAUAACUAUCUGCCACAGCGAGUCUCUGUCCUCAAGAGUCAACAGAAAGCUGGACCCAGUACAGGAUGUGUUAAAAAGGUGCAGUUCUCUCCAGACCCCGCUGCACUGCAGAGUAUCCUGCAGAAUGAGGGGGUGAAAGCUGCAGGACCCAUCGGUGUCACACCCCGAAUCUCUGUGCGUCCUUCAGGCAGUGGUACCUCAAUCUACACACCUCAGAGAGUGCCGGUUAAAAAAGAUUGUGCGGAGACAAAUGGAGGAGCACGGGGAUGUGUUAAAUCGGUCCAGUUCUCUCCAGACCCCGCUGCGCUGCAGAGUAUCCUGCAGACUGAGGGGGUCAAAGCUGCAGGACCCAUCGGUGUCACACCCCGAAUCUCUGUGCGUCCUUCAGGCAGAGGCACCUCAAUCUACACAGCCCAGAGAGUGCCAGUUAAAAAAAGUCAUGCCAAGCCAAAUGGAGGUCCAGUGGUGGUACCAAAGACAGAGACUCCACUGAAGAUAUGGACUCCACAGAGAGUCCAAGACACCAGACAUCAGCCCAUGUCCUCCAGGAAGUGGCAUAUGUCAUCACAGCAGUCACCGUAUGCAAUCACACCCGGACUGAAGGGCUGCAAGACAAACAUUCAGCCAGACCAAGAGGGGGUCGUUCAGAGAUUAUUUGUUGAUCCUGAUGAGCAGAGCUCGGAUGUGACAGACCAAGUCCCUGAGACACAAGCAGAGCAGCUUCCAGUUCAGUCCUCAGUUGCUAAUUCCCACUUUGAAGAAAUGGUAGCAAUGACUGAAGCCAAUGAGGAUGAGGAGCAGGAGAGGACUAGAGGAGGACAGCCGUUCAUCCAGGCUUCAGAGAGGGAGUCCGUCAUAUUUUUUUCAACGGGCAAAAAGCUCUUCAGAGCUCCAUAUUUUAAGAAGCAGGAGGAGGAGGAGUCUCGCAGCUGUAAAGAGACAUUACCGGUGUCAGAACCGAACCAACAGUUCAGUACUUCUGUUCAGACCCUGCACAGAGAUCUCAUUGGUCAGAAGAGUUGUGCUGUCAAUCCUGCAGUGGCCAUGCUGCGUAAACGUCUUCCUCCUCUGGAGGACCUGCGAUUGGAUGAGGAGGUGGCCACCUACACCUCGGCAUCUGUCCCGGACGCUUCCGGGUUUGUCCCCCCUCGGCCUCGCUGUGGAAACCCACUGGCCUCCAUCCUGCACUUUGACGAGUCUACAAGAUUUGUACCAAUCAGCUUUGACAUGUCUGCUGGUUCUCCUCUACAUGACAGAUAAUUUGCACUUAAAGUAUUCUACUUUGAAUAUUUAGAGUGGAUCAGGUUCUCUGGUCACUAAUGAGUAUAUUUUUCAUAUAACUGAAAAUAUCUGUCCAACACUGAAAACUGCCUUAUGAAGGAGGUCUAGAUUUAUGUAGAAAUAUUUUAAUUUAGUGCAACAAUUGUAACAGCAGCUCCAAGAAAAGAUGGAAUGGACUUCAUUAAUUGGAGCUACACUACAAUAUUUAGUAUAACUCAGCCAGAGUAACUUAAAUGGACCUUAUGGAGUAUGUUUUUUUGUCCUCUGUUUCCUUGUGCCUGACGUUCACUGAAAGCUGCUGGUGUCAGAAACGACCCCUUCUAUUCGUCGUCUUACACUAGAUGCUAAAAAAACACUUGAAAAUGCAUCUUUUAUAUCAGGUACACUCAUGUUUGUUGGUAACGUAGAUGGAUACUUUUUAGAAUAACUGAAUGUGUGAAGAAUAAUUGCAUUUUAAAAGGU